AAUACGGCGGAUAUCAACAUACUAUAAUUAACGAAAGACUUUCUUGGAUUGAAGCACGCAACUAUUGUAAUGAGAAUAAUAUUGGUCAACUUUAUGUCAUUGACUACGAAAUGGAAGCCACCAAGUGUAUAGACUUUGUCGACUAUGACAAUGCAAAUCACCUGAACAUAAGUAGUCGUAUGUGGGUAGGUAUUCACGAUAGCACCACCGAGGGCGUUUACAUGACGAUUGAAGGCGAUAUAGCUACGUAUCUACCAUGGGCAGCAGAAUUUUCACAGCCAACUGGGAAGACAACUGAAAAUUGUUGUAGCCUCUCGGCAAGUUACGUUUCGGGAGAAGUCGGAAUUUAUGAUGAUAUUUGUGAUGAUAGGCUCAGUUUUAUUUGCAAAUUGUUACUUAUUGACACCCCACAGAAUACGUUUGAAUACGAAGGAUCAUCAUACACAGUGGUUGUCCAGGCGUUGCCAUGGGAGGAGGCAGUAGAUUACUGCAUCCAAGAAAACCUUGGAAAUUUAAUUGUCUUGAGCGAUCUAGAUGAAGGCCUCGCUGUUAGAGAUUUUAUUGGAUUUAGUCAUUUCAACUCACUGGGAAUAGGCCAUUAUAUGUGGGUAGGUAUUAACGAUAAAAUCAAAGAAGGCGUCUACAAAACAGUAUUUGGUGACACUGCAACUUACUUAGCAUGGAGAACAGCAGCUUCACAACCAACUGGCACUAAGACCGAGAAUUGUGUUUGCGUUUCGAACUACGAAGAUCUCAGCACCGUGGGGUUUUAUGAUAGACAAUGUGGAAGCCGCUUGAAUUUUGUUUGCAAGAAAGAAUUGGAUACCUUGAAUCACUACCGAUAUGGGAAUUACUUGGAACGCUUCAUUGACUAUGUCCCAAGUCUACCGCCCGUAAUGACGACGUCAGUAAAGACAUCAAUUGACUGUGCUUUUGAAUGUGUGUCCUAUUCUGGUUGUCUGAGUUUUGUUUUGCAAACGGAUGAUGGCACAAACUACUGCACAUUAUAUACUGGAAUUUACUCCGACCCCGACUUGAAUAGCGCCCAAGGUAGUAUAUAUUAUGCAGAAUUUUAGAAAGACGGUGUUUGUGCUGGGUGCACACUUAUGUUAUACCACACAUUCGCACAAUUCCAAUUUAGUAGUCUAUGAAUUGUUUCUAUAGUUACGUCUUAUUUAUACAUCGUGGUAUCGAUUUAAAUAUUGUAAAUCGUUUUUCCAGUCAUACUCAUUGAGAUCUUAUUAACAGGUAGACAUUUUGCUAUCUUAAUUGGUACGUACUAUGACUAAGUUAUUGUCUGUAUUCAUAUUGCAACAUUGUUAUUUCAAUAAAAAGUUCGCUUCACCCAACUGAGAGAAGUUAGUGGGGUUAUUAGAACAUUGAAGACUUUCCCAGGGAAGUUACAAGUUACCAGUACGAAUCUCAUUUGCGCAUGUUAUAAUUAUGUACAUACAAUUCAUAAAUACCAUAUGCUAAUUUCUAAGCUGCUUACAUAUCUCAAUAUCGUAAAUGAUCGUAACUAUAAUUUAGAUGGAUUUACUAGGCAUUAUUUCUUGUACAUUGAUUCCUCAAUAUUCAUUAUAUGAUUUUGUUUUGCGCAAUAAAACAUCUCAUGCCUGAAGUGUGAUUU